AUGUCGCUACAUUCUGUGAACAUUAACGACAUACUGCCAUAUGUAGCGUUGACUACAAUUUUCGAUAAGUUAACAGUCAAAGAUCACAUGGCAAUUAUGACCACUUGCAAAUAUUGGUACGAAAUUCUAAAUGAAGGACGAUUCCUCCGGCAACGCCGCUUUAAGCUCUACAUGAAAACCCUUUGCGACGGUGGUGGUGAUGGUGGCGUCGGUUUGUGGAACGUCGAACAGAUGCAACGGUACCGGGCCUUCUUGAUUUCGGAUACAUACCCAACCAGUAUUUUGGGAUACGUGCCGACGGAGCAGAAGCCAGAGUUUUUCAAAGCGUUGCGAGCUUUUCUAUCUAGGGAAGAAGUGAUGGCCAAUGUUGAGGACCUGUUUUUUAGAAUGGACCAAUACUCACUUUGCGAUGUAUUUGACAAUACAAAAUCUUGGCAUUUUCCAAGGCUGAGAAGAAUUAUCUAUCACGCUUCAUUGUGGUUUAAUAGCAAUGACAACAUCAAAAUAAAAGCUCCGAACCUUAGACAGCUGGAGAUUGUAGACCCGAAAAUGACACUAACUCCGUUGGUGAGAAUAUACAGCCGUCAGAUCCGAGAGCUCGAUAUGAAGUUUCAGGAUCAGGAAAUCCUGUUCAAAGCAAUCGAUAACGAUACAUUGAUUAAUCUGCACAGCUUAACGCUAAACACUGCCACUGGAAACCAUCUCCCUAAAGUAUUCCAAACGUAUGAUUUCAGCGCCAAUCAGAAGACAAUAUUUGCUCGGUUGAAGUAUCUGAAAAUAUGCGACGACGAUAGCCUAUUUUUCGCGAUUUAUGAGGAUAUUUUCCACUAUGUUUUGAACUUGGAAACGUUGAUCAUCAUUGGCAAGGACAUGAGUGCGGGUUCGUUCAACGCGAUAAGUAACAUCACAAAGCUGAAGAAACUAUGCUUAAUGGUUAACAUACUCGGAUACUACGACGUGAAUAAAUUAUAUCUUCCGAAACUCGAGAGGCUAACAACGUACAUUGGUUCAUUCGCACCGCUGGGAAGUGUUCCGAUGUUGAGAUGGUUAUGCAUCAAGAGUCACUGCUGGAUCAGGCCGAAAAUUAUGCCCGUCAAGGGGGAUGCCUUGCAAACAUCUCUACACCUUAUCAGUCAGCAGCUGGAGGUACUGCGUCUCAGCCGAGUGGAUGUGGACCCUACACUUCUCGAUUUGAUACGGGGUUUGACAAAUCUGAGGGCAUUGGAAAUGAGAUUCGUUAAGGUGCACGAUUCCGAUGUAAUGGAGAUUCUCCACAAGCUACCCGCGUUGCAGGUUUUUUCCAUGAGUUGGUGUAAUCUGGUGAAGUAUCCCGAGCAUCAGUACGACUGGCACUGGAAGCAAACUAUGUACCUAGAGGACGAAGAAAAGAGAGACUUCUUCGAGACGCUGAAACUUGAUCUCCCGGACGUAUCUAUCAAAGAAAUUGAAACCAACUGGAAUUGCACUGGGUAGCCGGCAGAUGUCCGAUGUGUUUGGUAAUGGGUUUAGUACUUUUUGUAUAUGGCCACUUUCCUGAAAUAUA